CUUGUCUGUUGUGCAGGCAUCUCCAAAGCAAGGUCUGUGGGCCAGCUCCAGUUAAGGGAGGCACUGCUACAAGCCCUCUGCAGGAAGCAGCAGCAUCUCCCGGUUCCAACGUGGCAUCUGUGGCAAGCGGUGCUGCCAGAAGCACAGUGCCAUCAGCACCUUUGUACCUCCGAACCAAGGCUCAUGGUUUGGAUCCAGCUAACGGUUCAAUAAUGGAUGCUCCAGCCUCUCCUGAUCCAUCAGCUGCACCUACAGAGACCACCACAACUAGGCAUGUAGUCCCGUUGGCACUAUUGGUGAACAAACAGCACAGCACUUCCGAUGUGGGCCCCGUUCCAGAGCACAUCAUGCAACUGUGCAAGAGUAUCACCAACGAACAGUUGAUCUCAAAGUUAAGCAAGCACAGGCCCCUUGGCAGGAAUUUGGUUCUCUCCAUUAAUGAAGUUGGUUCCCAGAUGAGUCUGCCAGGGUUUCCUAGAAAUGACACAUGUGCUCUUGUGAGUUCCGUGCUUCCAUUCUUCACAGUCUCGCAGAAAGCCAAUGAAAAUUUGAAUUCAAAAAAUGGACAUGCUGAAGUCUUGUCUUUUGAAAAGACGAAUGUUAAAAAUGCAUGCAAAAUGCCAUUGAAGGGGAGCUCAUCGGAUGACAAGCAGCAUCGAUUGAGGUCAACCGCAAAGCAACAAGACAUUAUUUCAUCGGAGGUGCACACACUGACUGCUGAAGAGGAAUGUUGUACGGGUUCUGUGGACACUCGCUUUCACCCACUGCAUAAAAGAAGUGGAAGGCCGAGUAGCUGUAGCCCUCAAUCUUUAGGUAAUCAAGGCACUGAGGCAGGCAGCCAGGAAAAUUCAGGAGUUCAGGACACUGUGGCUGCAAAGGUAAAAGCUGCUGUGUCGGGUGAAACUGAGGCCGUUGUUCCUGUGCACGAUCUUGCCAAACUGGACAUGCUUUCCCUAGAGGAGAUCUCUCCCUGCCACUCUCCUCGCCACCAGUCACCUGUCCAAAAGAGAAUGGGCAAGGGGUCCAAAGAUAACGAACGCCACUCCCAUGUGACUGAAUGGCUUUGCAAUGUGCCCCUGCCUGCUGCUCUUACUGCUAUCCCUGGGCAAUCCCAGAAACAGCCUUCAGUCAAUCCACAUUGUCCACAAGGUAUUGCUGACUCUGACAGCGAUGCAACAGACAUGGAAGGACCUGUGCUUCAACAGCAGCCCCAGCAAAAUGGCUCUCAGCUGCCUGACCAAGACAAAAGUUCACUAUCGCUGCUUCAUUCAAGCCCAAACAAGGCUCAGCGAUCACUACCCAGCUUGUCGCAGGCAUCAUCUGAGGGCGUGCAUAAAAAGGGCUUAAGUGUCAGAUUUGCAGCUCCUAUACAAAAGGAAACGGCUGAACAGUUGACAGACAAACAAGUGCUACCAGCAGCUACUGUGUCCGAAACUUUUCUAUUGCGACACCAAGAGCCAUCACCCCUGGGUGUCCAAGAGCCGAGACUGUCCAAGAGUAGCAGUAAAGGGGUGCAAGAUUUGCCGCAAGGUGCUCAGAAGCGCAUUGUGAGAUCGGUCAGCCCUGAUGUGUUGGUGCCGCUGAAGAAACGCAAGGUACCAUUCACUGCCCUGCAAGAAGAGGCGCUUGUGUAUGGUGUUAUGAAAUACGGGCGAGGAAGCUGGAAAGAAAUCAGCAAUGAUGGCUGGUUCGAUGGGCGCCGACCCACUGACCUCAGUGACAAGUACAGGAACUUGGAAAAGUAUGGCCAUCUUGCGAAUGUCACGAAAAAAGUGAAAGACAUGCUGAGCGCAGGCAUAAACCCCCUCAAGGAACUGCGCACCAGGUAUGAGCGGCAGCGGCAACAGCAUGUGGUGUCGCCAGUUGGAGGGGAGUCAUCAAACAGUGAGCGAAGCACUAUGGGCCAACCGGAGAAGCCACAUAGAGCUUCACUAUUGCUCAAGCAUCCUAAAGAAGACAGAGUAGUUCCAUCUUCAGGUAAUGAUGACAAUGUUUCUUUGAAGCCUUUCCAGAAGCCAACAGAAGUUCUAGAGGCUACCACCAUGCCAAAGACAGUUUGCAGCAGCACCAGCAGACCUUCAACUUCGCAAGCACAUACGUCAGCACUCGGAAAAUUGAGUUCAGAGUCUGAGGAGAAUGCAUCACAAGAAAGCGCCCCAACCAAGCUCAAGAACAAGAAACGAAGAGUGCCCUUCACACCACUGGAAGAGGAGGCUCUCGUGGCCGGCGUUCUAAAGUACGGCAAGGGUAACUGGGCACGCAUACUGAGAGAAGGUGGUUUUCUCGGGAGGACAAGCCUGCAGUUAAGCGACAAGUAUCGGAACUUGAAGCUAUAUCGCCAGCUGGAGGCUCUCGAGAACACUGUAAACACUAAGUGUGCCAGAGGUGAGGACCCUUUAGAGGAGCUGCAGAAGCUUUUCGCUGCCCACUGGAAGUGCUGAGAGAAGAUUUGGCAGGUAUUUUUUAACUCUUUAAGUUAUGGUUUAAAGUUUAGCCUUUUAAAUAUGUAGCCAUACAAUAAAGCUCUGAUGUGUUUGGUGUGCAAAGCAACGUGCUGUGGAUUGGGAAAUGAAAAGAUGAAGACGAAUGCAUGCGCGGACGUGAGUCUUCUGUGUUACAAAAGACGAUGACAUUGAAGAGCGGCAAACACAAGGACACGCGACGCAAGCGAAGAGAAUAAAAGGAAAAUGGUCCAAUUGGGAAAACCCACGUUGCUCCCAAGAGCCAAUCACUGGUAAGCACGGAGCUCCGAAAAUCACCAAUCCAAAAAAGACACAAGGGCCAGAGCAGAAGAAAAGCGAGGCGCGUUGGCAGAAUUCACCCGAACGGGAAAUUCGUGUGCUUUCCGAAUCCUGCCGACCUGUACCUGGGCUUCAGGUACAGGUACAGGUUGCUACUCCGUCAAGCCGCAGACUUCUACCCAAGGCCGGCGGACGUCUGUGCCCGUAGGCAGAGCGUAAGCGGUCGGGCUACGUGCCCGAGUUUGCGCACAGCUGCCUAGCCUCAACGUCCAGGUCUCCCGCCACUUCCACCUGGAGGUUCCGCCGAAGCACCUGCGUCCCCUCUGCAAGUCAGAACAGCUGUACUCUGGUCACCAACUCGUCGCUCAGCUCCAUCAAUAUAUUGGGUGAGACGACCGCCGCUUCUCUCAUUGCUUCGCCGCCACCAAUUAACGUCGAACUGUUGUUGCGCUGACUGUAUCGCAUGAUUGCUCUCAUGCUAUGCCCUCACUCUUAGUGUGUUGAUACUAUACUAGCUUAAAUUGUAUUUGUGUCUUGCUGUGAAUAUUUCAUUACAUAUUUAUCAUCUAUUCUUUAUACUGGUUACAUUAAAUGUUUUGUGUGCUUUCUUGGAACAAAAGGCUUUGUCCUUGAUUGGGUUCUCUGGGGUUCUGCCUCGGGGACCCGUUCAAAGCAUCACAAAGGCCUUGUUUCCGAAAGAAAAGAUGGCAUGGAACAACCCGUAUGCAGAGCUGUCCCAGGCAGGGUUUGCUUUCUUCAACUUUGCAGCAAAGGGUCCACUGAUGAAAGAAGACAGCUCAUGUGUCCACAAGAGCAGUAACCUUGUGGCCAUUGGUAAGCACUUUGAGGUUGGUGGUUCUUGGUCUUGAAUUGCAGUUAGAUUGUGGCACUGGAUCAUGGCUGAAUCAUUUUGUCCCACUGCAGUUUAUUAAAGCGAAGCUUUCAUUGCCUCUUCCCACCACUUUUUGGCGCUGGCUGCUGUCAUGCACGAUUCGCAGGUGCGGCACGUAGUGCAAACUGAGGCUUCUCAAGGAGGCAAGUGAUGCACAUAAGAAUGGAUGUGAGCUCCGAUGCAAACACAGUGUUGUCAUGCGAUCAUUGUCAUUUAAUUGCCUUAAUUCUAAUGUUAUUCAUGCAGUCUAAGAUCCACUGGGCUGGUCAGCCCGAAGGGGCCUUCACAUUUUCCAGCCAACACGACUAUAAAUGGCCGGAAUUUUGCCAUAACCUAAAUUAUCACAAUGCACUCUUUCCCUGUCAUAUGCUACUGUAAGACAACAACUCCUGGGAACAUUAAGUGGGAGUGACUUCACAGA